GCUGCCUCAAUAGCACUUUUGCAUCCAUGAUGGUCAUGACAACCACAGUAAUCCCAACCACCAUGAAAACGACUACUACCACACCAGCUCCUACAACGACUACUACCAGUGCGCCAACAACAGCAGACAAUAGAAAUAAAUGCCGUAAAGGUACAUGCGUUGGUCCAACUUGCUACAAAGAUUUUUCAACUGCUGCACUCCAAUCAUGCUCCUCCUCACAGCCACACUGUCAGCUGAAAAAGGAGAAUGUAGACUCCGGUCUGCAGUGGACAGCAGGCUGCACCACCAACUGUUCUGGCCAAGCCCCAUGCAAGACCUCCACAACACCUCCAUGUCAUCUAGAGUGCUGCAACGCCACCAGGACCUCCUGCCUGUGGUUGAAUGGUACGCUGAAUCACCCCAAUUUUGCCACAAGAGGUCCUCAUCUUCACACAGAGUUGAUUGCGUUCUUACUUGGCCUGCUUGCCAUCACUUUGCUGCUGUGAGUGACUGAGUAGGAGCUUGCUCAGCUGCUGUGUGGGUCAUUAGGUAAUCAGAGCUGUGUGUAACUCUCAGUCCAUCCAGAGACAACAAGCUUAGCAGUGCAAAGGUAAACACCACUUUACUUAAACCCAUUUAUCUCGUGUGAUUGUAAUGUAUAUACUGUAUGUAUGGAAUUAUGUAAAGCCUCAGUGACAAUGUUGACUUUGUUUCUUGUUAUAUUAAAACUUCCCGAUCACAUUUUUAUCUCUGCUUCAAGACCAAUGAAAAAUGGCUUUGAACAGUAUUUUAAAAUGAAAAAUUAUAUCAACUUCAGGAAUCAAGAAAAACAUGUCAGAAGCAACUCAU